AUGCAGCAUCCUCCGAUAUAUCCUUUUCCAAUUCCAAGCCCUGAAAACAGUAAAAGAAACUGUGUCAUUGCUUUCACCACUCCUCAAAACUACGCAGGUAGACUCUCUGAGCUCAUACAACUCAAAGGCUGGACUCCUCUUUGGUGUCCUACUCUCAUUGUUGAAUCUACCCAACAAACCAUCUCUUCUAUUAACCACUACCUCAAUUUUACCAGCAAUGAACCCUACUCACUUCUUGAAGAUUUUUCAGCUCUUGCAUUCACUUCAAGAACUGGAAUCACUGCUUUUUCAGAAGCUUUAUCUAUUAACUCCGCACUCCCAUUAACCCCACAUGGAGAAAUCCUCACAAUUGCAGCUUUGGGCAAGGAUGCUGAGCUCCUGGAUCAAGAUUUCAUUGGGAAAAUGUGUGAAAAUCCUGAGAGAAUUAGAAUCUUGGUUCCUCCAAUUGCAACCCCAUCUGGGCUAGUGGAUGCCCUAGGAUUAGGCCAAGGAAGAAAAGUGUUAUGUCCAGUUCCGUUAGUGAUUGGGUUGGAUGAACCACCUGUAGUGCCUAAAUUCCUUGAAGAUUUAGCUAAAAAGGGUUGGAUUCCAGUGAGAUUAGAUGCAUAUGAGACACGGUGGGCGGGGGCGAAAUGUGCAGUGGAGGUGGUGACAAGGAGUGAAGAGGAAUGUGGAUUUGAUGCGAUUGUGUUUACCAGUACUGGAGAAGUGGAGGGUUUGUUGAAGAGCUUGAAGGAAUUUGGAUUGGAUUGGGAAAUGGUGAGGAGGAGGUGUCCAAGAAUGGUGGUGGCGGCGCACGGCCCGGUCACAGCUGCUGGUGCUGAGAGUUUGGGUGUUGGGAUUGAUGUGGUGAGUUCCAAUUUUGGUAGCUUUGAUGGUAUUGUGGAUGCACUUUCUCAUAAAUGGAAAUCAUUGGAAAAUCAAGAAUCAUGA